GACAUUUGGCUAUAUUCUCAGCAUUGGGAUGCGUAGAAAUAUCUGUGUAAGGGAUGUUGUUUGAUUGGGUUGGUGUUGACUGUAGUAAAUGGCAAUAGGGAUCUUUGAAAAUAUGUGGGGAUGAAUUGUUUAUAUCGGUUUUUUCAUUUAAGUUUGUAUGAUUUUGUUGCAUGUUGCGCAUUAAAGCGUAGAGACAAUGGCUAUUCCACUGUAUUUAGUGGAAUGCUUGCUCUCAUUUAUGGUUUCUAUUGCUUCCGAUCAUUUUUUACCGCCAUUUAGUACUUAUUGAUCAUUCGUUUGUGUCAAGAUAGUGAAACUGUAGAAACAGCAGUUCCAAAAUGUCGAAACGACCAGCAGAGGAUGCUGGUACGAGCAACCAGCCACCAAUAAAGAAAGUCCAGUUUGAACCAAUUCGUAUAGGACCAAUAUCAACUUUGGAAGAAAUGGACAUGAAAGUUCUCCAGUUCCAGAACAAGAAGCUAGCACAGCGUUUGGAGCAGCGCCACCGCAUAGAAGCUGAACUACGGCAAAGGAUAGAACAACUUGAAAAAAGGCAAACACAAGAUGACGCUGUGCUUAAUGUUGUGAAUCGUUAUUGGAAUCAGCUUAAUGAAGACAUCCGUGUUCUGUUGCAGCGGUUUGAUGCAGAAACGGCUGAUGAAUCAGAAAAUCGGAAUGAGAAUGAGGCCACAACUUCCUUCUUGAUGCAGUUAUCGACAUGGGACAAAGAAGAAUUGGAUGAGAAGCUAGCAAAUCGUGUUCAAGUUUCUAAGAGGGCAGUUGCGAAAGUGAUCCAGGCCUUUGAUCGACUCAUGCAACGCAAUGAAAAAAUCACAUUGGCUCUUAAAGGCGAACUUGAUGGAGGUUAUUGGAAUCUUCUCCCAUCUUGUGAUCAGUAUGAAGCACCUAAUAUGGAUGAAACAAUUAGGCAAGCAAACAUUGAAAUCCAGGCUGAGAAUCGUAAUCUCCAAGCAUUAAACACAUCGUUGCAUGAGAAGUACCACACAAUUUCACUUAAGAUGGCUGAACUGCAGGAUAGUCUUACAGGGAAAGAAACUGAGGCAGCAGAGCUAAGAAAUCAGAUUGAUGAUUUACAGUAUGAGCUGCUUAAAGUGCAGUCCCGUAAUGACAAGCUGGAGAAUCACUUAGCAGAAGCUUAUGAGAAACUCAAAGCAUACCAGCAAAUUCAUGGUGAUGAUAAGGGUGUUGUCAAACCUGUUGUCACCACAAGUGUUUCACAAAAGAAGCUAGAAGACCUCCAGAAAGAGGUGGAGGAACAGCGGGAACUAGCCAACAAUAGGUUACAAGAACUAGACAAACUGCAUCAGCAACAUCGAGAGGCGCUUAAAGAAGUUGAAAAGCUGAAGAUGGACAUCCGACAACUUCCAGAGUCUGUAAUAGUUGAAACAACAGAAUACAAAUGCCUGCAGUCACAGUUCUCUGUCUUGUACAACGAGUCCAUGCAGUUGAAGACUCAGUUGGAUGAAGCUAGGACACAGUUACAGACCAGCAAGAAUGCACACCUGAGACACAUAGAAAUGAUGGAAAGUGAGGAGUUAAUGGCACAGAAGAAGCUGCGUACUGAAGUGAUCCAGUUGGAGGAUGUCCUAGCACAACUUCGAAAAGAAUAUGAGAUGUUACGCAUUGAAUUUGAGCAAAAUUUGGCAGCGAAUGAACAGACUGGCCCGAUAAAUCGCGAGAUGCGUCACCUAAUUACUUCACUUCAAAACCACAAUCAACAACUCAAAGGUGAAGUUCACCGUUACAAGCGCAAAUACAAGGAAGCCAAUGCAGAGAUACCAAAGCUGAAAAAGGAAGUUGAGGAUCUUACUGUGAAGUUGGGGCAACAAGCAUCACAGGAAAUGAAAGAAGGUUCCAUCCUGGAGUCGUCUUGUAAGGAAGAGGAUACAGGCUGCACACAGAAUGCUGUGCAGAUCAAGGAAGAGCCAGGAAUUACGACAGGGAAAGAGGGAGCAGAAGAAGAACCAGAGGGAGAAGAGGCGGAACGAGAGUGUGGUGAUAAGGAAAGACAGCUUACAUCACCAACCAUUAAGAAAGAGAAGGACAUAAAACGAGAGAAGGGGGAGGUCAAAAAAGAAAUCAAAACCGAAAAAGAUCACCGUGAACAGCAUCGGGGAAAAGAUGCUAAAACAGCGGAAUCGGAACUUGUACGAGAUCUGAGGGCUCAGUUAAAGAAAGCACUGAAUGACCAGAAGGAGAUGAAAUUGCUUCUGGACAUGUAUAAAGGUGUUAGUAAGGAACAAAGAGACAAGGUACAGCUUAUGGCAGCAGAGAAGAAGGCCCGAGCCGAAGUUGAAGAUCUCAGACAACAAUUGAAAAAAAUACAGGAAAACAAACGUGAAGAGCGCAAGAAGUUGUGUGAUGAAGAAGCCAUGCGAAAGAUAAAGCAGUUGGAGGACCAAACAUACCAGCUGCAAAAGCAGGUUGCAUCGCAGAAACAGCAGAAUGGUUGGACUUUAAAACGAAUUCAGCAGAAUGGACUAGAGGAAUAUAUUUGGCAGGAAGAAGAAGCACUGUUGAAUGAGAUGGAAGUGACAGGCCAGGCAUUUGAAGAUAUGCAGGAGCAAAAUUCAAGACUGAUACAACAGUUGAGGGAGAAGGAUGAUGCUAACUUCAAACUCAUGACAGAGCGUAUAAAAUCCAACCAGCUUCAUAAACUGGCCCGAGAGGAGAAAGAUGUGCUUAAGGAACAGGUUGCAACACUGACAUCACAGGUGGAAGCUACUAAUGUCGUGGUACGGAAGUUAGAAGACAAGGAACGCAUCUUACAAAACUCGCUCGCUACUGUUGAGAAAGAAUUAGCUCUUCGUCAGCAGGCCAUGGAAAUGCAUAAGCGUAAGGCUAUUGAAAGUGCGCAGUCAGCAGCUGACCUGAAGUUGCAUCUUGAAAAAUAUCAUGCACAGAUGAAGGAAGCUCAACAAGUUGUUGCUGAGAAAACAAGUUCUUUGGAAGCAGAGGCAUACAAAACAAAAAGACUCCAGGAAGAAAUAGCACAACUUCGUAGGAAAGCAGAACGAAUGAAGAAAAUUGAGUUGGCAGGCACAUUGGAUGAAGUAAUGAUGGAAGAAAUACGAGAAUACAAAGAAACACUAACUUGUCCAUCAUGCAAAGUUAAACGAAAAGAUGCUGUUCUCAGUAAAUGUUUCCAUGUGUUUUGCUGGGACUGCCUUCGCACUCGGUAUGAGACUCGACAACGGAAAUGUCCCAAGUGCAAUGCUGCCUUCGGUGCCAAUGACUAUCACCGCCUAUAUCUUUCUACAUAAAUUUUUGAAUCACAUAGCUUUUCAUCUGGGAGGAUCCAUUCCGUGCACAAUGUUUUUCAUUGAGAACGCUCCUGAGCUAUUUGUUUUAAGAUUUUGUUAAAGAUACACAUAAGAUUGUAUAGUUUGUCUGGUGACUGGUUUCAAUAGGAUUAGCAGAGCAACAGUUAAAGAAUUCUAUCUUUGAAAGAUAAAUGUAAUACUUUAUUACCUUGCUUUGACACUAUGUUUGACCAGUUGCUUGAUACAGAAUCUAAUGUAAUGGAGAUAAUUGUACUCGUUCCUGUGAAACAGUAGACAUUUACUGUAAUUACUGUUAGACAAAUUUCAAAUUAUGCCAAGUAUUUCUUUAAUGACUUAGCAGUUACUUGCAUUUCACUGAUUUGAUUGAUUGACUGACUCAGAGAGAAAUACACUGUGAUAAAGCAGCUGGAAGAGCGAAGGCAAGAAUUAUUGUUAGCACACUGGUUGCAUAUGUACAUAUAUCCAACAUCUUUAUGAAAUUACAUUUGAAACAUUCAUUCCACAUACACAGUCAUUUGUUAUUGAAGUCUGUUUUAUUUAAUACCAAAAGAGUAUUAAUUUAUCAAUGUAUAUAUAAAACAAAAUAAAGUAGCAGUUCUGUCAGUGGGCAUGCCUGCUUCAUAGUU